GCGCUGAAAGCUGAAGAAACUGUAUCCUCCUUGUUGCUUCCACUUCGUCAAAUCGUUGAAACAGCGUUGACGGCUUUGGUUUUUAAAAUGACGCACAUAUUGGUAAAAUGGACAACAGCUGAAGCAUGGGAUGUCUACCCGACGCGCAAGAUGACUGAUAUUCAGACAGCAACUGAAAUAAUGAAUGACCCAUCAAUCGUGGAGUCACUCGUCGGACGCACCUUCGAAAUUACUUGGAAGAGCGGGGAGCCGCCGGCAAAGGCACAUUUGAUUGCUGCGGGAGACCCGGGCAACCUUGAGAGAAGACGGAACCGCCUCGCCGCACGAGCAUGCAAGAACAUGUCACAGGCGAGUGGCUGCUGUGGUCAUGAAGAACAAAUAAAGCAACUGCAGCAGGCGAAUGAUGACCUGAAACGUAAAAUAGAGGAUCUGGAAAACAUGAUGGACAUCCAGAAGACCGUGAAAACACUCAAGCGAAUUGUCAGAAACAUGAAGGCUUCUCAGGAGGAACGUCCUGUGCUGGAGCCGAACCAGGUAGACCUGGGAAGCGGCGUGUACGUGUCCAGCGCGACGCUUACAAGGCUACAGGAAUCCUACAAGGAUUCUCCCAGCAAGUUUGCCCGUGCUCUCACUCGUGUACUUUUUACAGAUGAAGAGCUAAAAAACCGAUCACUUUUUGGUAAACAGUCCAACAGCCACAAGAACAAGGACCCAAGGCCUGCCCUCGACGAGAACCGUGUGACAGCUAUCUUGGAGCACACCUGCGCUACAUUCAAGUGCGCGGACUACCUGGUGAAAAGAAGCCUCAGUGCCAUGCUUCAGAAGCUCAACAAGGGCACCCCAUGA